CGACUCCUCUCUCGGGGGUGGGACCAAGCGGGGCUCAAAAUGGCGGCCAGCCGCUACCGGCGUUUUCUUAAACUCUGUGAGGAAUGGCCACUGGACGAGACCAAACGGGGCCGGGACUUGGGUGCUUACCUGCGGCAGCGGGUAGCACAGGCCUUUCGGGAGGGAGAGAAUACCCAGAUUGCAGAGCCAGAAGUUUGUGAUCAGAUGUAUGAGAGCUUAGCAAGAAUCCAUUCAAAUUAUUACAAACACAAGUACCCUCGCCCAAGAGACACGAGCUUCAGUGGCCUGUCCGUGGAAGAAUAUAAGCUGAUCCUGUCCACAGACACCCUGAAAGAGUUUAAGGAAAUCAAUAAAGGCGUGUGGAAGAAGCUGCAGGAGAAGUUUGCUACCAAAAGUCCUGAGGAUAAGCAAAAGGCCUGGGCUCAGACCUUAUCUCGCCCACGUACCUGAGUGUGGAGUCUUGUAUGUUUCUAUCAUAAAUAAAACUGCCCUGAUUUCCUUGUCACA